UCUGUCACGAAAAGUCAUCAACGUUGUGACUAGAUAAGGAAACCUAAACCCUCGUGCCAGCAGUCUCUCUCCUCUCUCUACUUCGCCCCGAUAUCUGUAAGUCCACUCCUCCCCCCUUGUGCCUGUAGUACCUUUCUUCCCCAGGCUCCUCUGUAGUUGUUUAUUUCCAGCAAUCGCUAAGCUUAACUUACCUUUGGUCUUAGCGUAAAAGUAAAGCAGUAUUUUUAUCUCGAUUUUCAUAUUUCAAAAAAAUAUCAUGCCAUCAAGAAAAACAUAAAACCAACACGAACAUCAAAACCAUGUUUACCGCCUCGAUUCUGUGGGCGUCGUUUUCGGCCGCCUUGAUCUCGGUUGUGCAGGUGGUUUGCACCUGUGGCACGGGGUAUUUCGCGCGAAAAUGGAACGCGAUAAAUUGGCCGACAAAUGUGCAAGAAGAGGAUCCCGUCCUCAAGGACAAAAAUACGCGUACUAAUUAUAAAGCGACUAGCUCCUCGUCCACGACCACCUCCGACUACAUUUUCUGGAAAGCCCUUGCGGGACUGGCGGUGCGAGUUUUGAAUCCCUGCUUUGUCAUGGCAACUUUCGUCGAGUACGUCGGGGUGGAAGAGUUCCGGAAAGUGUGGAUUGUCUGCGUCUUUUGCCUCGUGUUGGUGUUUUACUGGUACCUGAUCGGGCUUCUUGGCGGGCAGCUGGUGGCGCGGUUCGUGGCCAUCGAGAGGCUGGUCGACGAUUCUGGUGGUACUGCCGGGAGGACGGGACCACCCAGAAGAUCUUCUAGUUGGACAACAUCAAGAACUUGUUGCAUCGGUGGGAAUACAACGACCACACUUACGGGAGCUGCACCCGCUGAUGAGAGAAAAAAUCGAGGGCCACCUCCGCAGCUGGAUGAAAGCGCGGAGCGUGGUCAUCGAAGCGGCAAGAGCGCCGAUGUAGUAAUUGCCGGUGACCCCCCGCGAAGAGAUGAUCCGGGAGUGGGGAUGGAGGAAGUAGAGGAAGAGCAAGAUCUGCAACUGGAGCAGAAACUUGAGUCCGCGUCAACUACCCUCACCUCGAAUUGUAACUCUAUUACUGCGAUGGCAGGCAACGGCAAGAAUGACAACGCAUCUUCAAAUGAAACUGCUAGAGAACACCCGCCAGCGUGUGCGUCUGCGUUGCAGUUGGCGGGGGCGUGCAUAAAAGAAGAGGGUUCGUGUGUGAAUGUUGUGGGUGCUCCACCUCCGCCAUUGUUGGAAGAAAUCGUCAUUGGGCCGCCGGAAAAAUUUUCUCCCAGAAACGUCGAGCUGAAAAACAAUGAUGACCCACAACAACGGCAGAUAAUCCCACCGGCCGCGCCGGGCACAGCGCAGGCAUCUGCGUCAAGGGAUAUGACGACCAUUGUUACGACGACUACCUGCAGCGAUGUCGGAGAGCGGCAAAAAAUAAAGAGCCGCUCUGACUUUAGCACGUUCGCCGCCACGUGCGUCGCUUUUCCCAACCCUUUCGGCUUACCGUAUCCGCUGCUGCUGGCUCUGAGCCGACAAGUGGACUGGGUGGAGGGCGAGGGGCGGACCACCGCGAUAGGGAUGCUGAGUAAUUCCAUGGUCAUCACUUGCAUCUGGACCCUGGGGCUCACGACAUUGAGCAGAAUCUCGGAAAGAAAACAAGUUUCACCGAAGGAAAAUACACACACAAGUUGUUCUCGCUUCGCGACGGACGCAUCUUCCUCGCAAGAAGGAGGUCAUCUGCCAACUGCCGCAGAGGUAGAAUCGUGCACUUUGAAGACACCACAUUUUCCGCACGAAGGAGUGGGAGAUGAGCACGACCCUGCAUCAAAGGUUUUGAAGUCUUCCGCUGCAUCAUCUUCCUCUUCCACGCUGUCCACACAUAAGGAGCAUCUUGAUCUCCUCGCUGGCCUUCAUAGAAUCUCUCGUGCGGUAGCACGAAUUUUCCGCAGAAUUUUCCAGCAUCCGUGCCUCAACGCGUUCACCAUCACGCAGCUCGUCGCCAUUAUCGUCGCGGUCAUCACGCCGCUCCGGGAGGCCUAUUUGGACAGUUUCAUUUUCCACUUCAACAAAUUGAUCGGCGGCAGUUUGAUUCCCAUCCAGCUCCUCAUCCUCGGGGCGACGUUAGUCGGAGACAGAAGCUACAACAGCAGCACAACCACAUCAAACUACCCUGUUGUGGUUGUUAGGGAUAGAAAAUCGUCAUCGAAUAUUAAUCGACCACCGGAUGAAGAUGAACAAGGUUAUGAGCUCUCAGAAGAACUACAACAGGAGAACGAACUACCUGCUACUUCCUCGUCAGGAUCUUUCGAAGUCACGAAGCUGGGCGCGAUAACCAUUGUCCUCCUCCGGCUGAUCGUCGCGAAUGCAGCGACGAUACCCUUGCUGCUGUUUCUGAAAAAGCUGGUGUCGUCCGUUGAGGGGUUCAACAGUGCCACGAGGGAUCAGGAUCGCAACCUGAUUCUCUACUUCGCAGUGCUCGCCGCGGCGCCGACGGCGACGAACUUGUCCAUGGUCUGCAUCUAUCAACUGCAAAAGUGUCUGGGUCUGGAAAAUUGCAAUUUGUCAUGCUGUUUUUGGACUCUAAAAAAAUUUGUAUUGCAUGACCAGCAAGAGGGGUACAAUUUAUUUGUGUUACGCGGACAGGGCAUUUCUCAUGCGGAAGGUGCAUCAGGAAGCCCUCUAAAAGUCUGCGAUGCUGGGUCAUGCAUUACAGGCAUCAUGGGUCAUGAGAAAUAUGCAUGACAAAUCUUGCACUCUUCCAGACCCAGACAUUUUUGCAUUUGAUAGCAUCUCGAGAAACGUCAUGGCGGAGUCCAUGGCCAUGGUGUUUAUCAAAUGUAAAAAUGUCUGGGUCUGGAAGAAUGCAACUUGUCAUGCUAAAUCUGAAGCAUGCACAAAUCUGUGUUGCAUGAGUACCAAAAGUCUUCCUGUUUUGACCAAGUCGGGAGGGAGUUUCUCAUGCAGGAUAGGCAUGAGAGAGAUCGCACAGAAUCUGUCAUGCUAGGCCCUGCAUUCCCGACCUCAUAGGUCAUAGAAAAGCUGCAUGACAAAUCGCGCAUGCUUCCAGACCCAGACAUUUUUACAUUUGAUAGUGUUCACCAUGAUGCAAUUUCUAGCGCCACUCACGAUGAUGAUCAGCGUCACCGUCGCGGUGGCAGUUUUAGAAGAAUGA